CAGUCACAAGCGGACAUCUUUGAUUUAAAGAGACUCGGGCGGAAGCUCGUUGUGACAAAAGUCUUAGUUUUGGAGAGUCAGCGGACAGCUUGCGCCUUUGGCAUUUUAUUUAAAACGUCCGGUCGUUGUAGAAAAUGCGUUCGGUGUCAUAAACGGGCACAGGGUGGGCUGUUGGGUCAACUGUUUGCUUGAGAACAGAAGCGUCGCGCUGACAGCUCAUAAACCGGGGCUGCGUUGGCCGGGAAGUUGAAGAUUUGCGAGGGAGUGACCGGGCGAGACGGUGUGAUGUGGCUAGCUUUAGCUGGCUAAUACAAUAUUUUCCACUGCUCUGUAUUAUCUGAAGAAAAGCGAGUGAACUGCCAGACACACCCAGUCCCCGGAUACAUACCAAGGUUCCCCUCCGCUAGAAGAUGUCCACCAUGGUGUACCCGCGGGAGGAGCGGCUGGAGAAGCUGACCCAGGAGGAGAUCAUCUCCAACACCAAGCUGGUGAUCCAGGGCCUGGAGGCGCUGAAGAACGAGCACAACUCCAUCCUGCACAGCCUGCUGGAGACCAUCAAGUGCCUGAAGAAGGACGAGGAGGCCAACCUGGUGCACGAGAAGUCCAACCUGCUGCGCAAGUCCGUGGAGAUGAUCGAGCUCGGCCUGGGCGAGGCACAGGUGAUGAUGGCCCUGUCCAGCCACCUGAACGCGGUGGAGUCGGAGAAGCAGAAGCUGCGGGCGCAGGUGCGGAGGCUGUGCCAGGAGAACCAGUGGCUGCGGGACGAGCUGGCCAACACCCAGCAGAAGCUGCAGAAGAGCGAGCAGAGCGUGGCCCAGCUGGAGGAGGAGAAGAAGCACCUGGAGUUCAUGAACCAGCUCAAGAAGUACGACGAGGACGUGUCCCCCACGGAGGAGAAGGACGGGGAGCCGCCCAAGGACUCCCUGGACGACCUCUUCCCCAACGAUGAGGAGGAGCACGGCCCAGGAAUGGUGCAGCAGCAUAACAGUGCUGCGGUAGCGGCCGCGCAGCAGGGGGGCUAUGAGAUCCCGGCCCGCCUGCGCACCCUGCACAACCUGGUGAUCCAGUACGCCUCCCAGGGCCGCUACGAGGUGGCCGUGCCCCUCUGCAAGCAGGCCCUGGAGGACCUGGAGAAGACCUCGGGCCACGACCACCCGGACGUGGCCACCAUGCUCAACAUCCUGGCUCUGGUGUACAGGGAUCAGAACAAAUACAAAGAGGCCGCCCACCUGCUGAACGACGCCCUGUCCAUCCGCGAGAAGACCCUGGGGAAAGACCACCCUGCGGUGGCGGCUACACUGAACAACCUGGCCGUGCUCUACGGGAAGAGGGGCAAGUACAAGGAGGCGGAGCCUCUCUGCAAGAGAGCCCUGGAGAUCAGAGAAAAGGUGCUGGGGAAGGACCACCCGGACGUGGCCAAGCAGCUGAACAACCUGGCGCUGCUGUGCCAGAACCAGGGCAAGUACGAGGAGGUGGAGUACUACUACUGCCGCGCCCUGGAGAUCUACCAGUGCCGGCUGGGCCCCGACGACCCCAACGUGGCCAAGACCAAGAACAACCUGGCUUCCUGUUACCUGAAGCAGGGGAAGUACAAGGAGGCUGAGGUUCUGUACAAGGAGAUCCUCACUCGGGCCCACGAGAAGGAGUUUGGAUCCGUGGAUGCGGAGAACAAGCCCAUCUGGAUGCACGCCGAGGAGAGGGAGGAGAUGAGCAAAGGGAAACACAGAGACAGCUCCCAUUACGGCGAGUAUGGAGGCUGGUACAAGGCCUGCAAGGUCAACAGCCCCACGGUGAACACCACCCUGCGGAACCUGGGCGCGCUGUACCGCCGGCAGGGCAAGAUGGAGGCGGCCGAAACCCUGGAGGAGUGCGCCAUGCGGUCCCGCAAGCAGAGCACCACAGGCACUGACCCCAUCAAUCAGACUCGGGUGGUGGAGAUUCUGAAGGACGGCGAAGGGGAGAGGAGGAGGAGCCGGGACAACAUGGCCGCCACCGUCAAGUACGAGAGCAGCUCAGAGACCGGGGAGGAAGUGAGUAUGGGCGUAGAGUGGACAGGGGCCUAAACCAUCAAGAUUUUCCUCAAACCUUUUCUCCUCCCUGAAAUUAUCCCCACCCCUCCCUGUCCACCAACAACAACAAUAGCCAAUCAAAAGGAUGUCUUGCGUUCUGGCUCCUCCUUCCUCUGCUCCCAAUCAAAAAAAGCCUUCGCUCUGCCAUUCCUGGUUCCUUCGGCCAAGACCGUUGCUCGCCGACGCUUCGAUCCCGACCGAACACCAACGGGGAUGCCUGAUUGUCUGCUCUCUUUCACAACUGCAGUGUGUUUCUCUCUUCUCUACCUCCCCCUCUUUUUCUCUCUCUCUCUCCUCUACCCACCUGUUUAUUCCCACUCGACAUUACUACUCUGUCCAUUUCAACUGUAUAAGCUUUGUUAUCGAGUUGUUGCUAAGGAAUGGCGCAUUGGACUGGGCGUGGCGACGGCCGACGGAUAUUCGAUGACUCUUACAGGCUGACUGAAUGAUGGAAAAUAAAACCGAGGGAAAUGGGAGGGUUCCAUGUUGUCCGCCAUUUCGCUUUGCCUUUCGCCCUCGUCUUCCCCAAACGUCGUCGUCUCCAAGCAGUCUCAAGAACUCCACGAAUUACAGUAUAACUGCAGAACUGCUGCAGGUUCGCGCGAUCUAAAGAUUAUGACACUACACCGCGAUUUCUUUAAGUAGAGUAGGAUCUGUUGCAUCGGAGAUAACUUAACGCUUUGAUUGUUUUUUUUGUUUGUUUUUGUUUCCGCGAUAGCUAUUUAAUCCUUAUUUGCGUCGUUAAAUGAUUUCGACAUGAAUUAUCAACCUAGGUGCCUGUAUUUAGCAUUUAUAUAUCAUUUUUAAUCAUGGUUAGGUUUUUUAUAAUUUGCUUCCAUUACAACCUCCAUGAGCUGAGGUGUGAAAUAAACGGAAUUGUAAUCAAAUAUCGUAUUUCUGACUACCCACUGUCUGUAUCAUAAUUCCGCAAGUUUAUGCCUAAUUAGUUUUCACAUUGAUUCUGCUAUUUUUUUCCUUUGCAAGGAAACAAGUGCCGUGAGAUUGAGUUGAGUUUUUCAAAAAAUAUUUUUUAAAGUGUUUUUUAUUUUAUUUUGUAUUAUGUGCAACUUAAUAGCCUACAUUUUAUGUUUGUAGUGUCAUUACAGACAUACGAAAUGCAGCUUUAUAUAUAUUAAAAAAAACUAUCCGAUAUUUAUUUAUAAGCAUUUAUGAAACAAACUUUGUGUGGAAAAUUGCAAUAGUAGCCUACAUGAAACCCCCAGUUCGGGUUUCCAUUAGGCAUUAACACAGGUAAAAACGUGGCCGUUUUUAGAAAGACUGCCAUUCUUGCGUGCAUAAGUAACCCGGAGUUAUCUCAGUGUGUUCAUGGCGCAAGCGUUCUUGACCUGCUUCGUCUGCAGUCGCCUACCCGCCACCGCUUCCGGUUAGUGUCUUAACGUGACGUCAUUGUUUACCGAGUAGCAGUUAAAAGGGAAUGCGCAUAACUCGAUAUUGGGCGUUUUGAACAAAAUAAUCCGCUAAACGCUAAUAUUUUUAAGGCUCUUUAUGGGCCAGGAUCUACGACUUUGCUGAUUUAAAAACGGACGUUGAGAGAAAUUCGAUGUAAGGUCGAGAUGAGGACAACGAUUUCGAUAUUUUAAUUCCCAAGUCCUGCACACUAAGCAAUUAGGCUACUUUAGAGGGCGCCACCAACCGUCGAACAUUUUUCUUUGGAUUUGCUGAAUAUUUCUGUGGACACUUAUGGUGAAUGGAAAGAUAAUAAUAAUAUAUUUAUGUGUCAUCAUUUCAAAGUGUUACAUUAAAUGAAUGUAAUAUUAUUUAAUAGCUAUUAUUAAGCCUGAAACGAGUAAGUGUUUACACCCCAUGGCAGUUUUUAGUUUUUCGAUUUUACAUUUCAUGGAACACGCACCCACAGGCUGGCGCGCACACACAAGGAGAAAAGAAGUGUUUAAAAAAAAAAAAGAGAAAAAAAAGGUGCAUUGUCAAGCGAGCCAAGUUUUGAGCUAUCUGUAAUUGUUCCACUGUAAACUCUGUUUCUAUAGAUACGAAAAGAUAAGACUUGUAGGCACCAUGUUAGUAGUCCUAGUAGAAGUGCAUCUCUUUCUCUUUUGCAUUGUGAUGAAUGUUUCACUAACGUUGUUGACGUCGUCUUGAAUAAAGACCCUUUCAUUUG